AUGCAACGCGUGUAUAGUGAUCCAGACAAGAGUAGUCUGCGUUGGAAACCCUUAGUAAAGCGCAAUGCGCAAACGCAAGUCAACACCUCUAGUCUUCGCGACCCGAAUGCUACUGACGAAAAAGGCGACACUUCAACGAUUGGAGGACCAAAGCUCCGGGCGAUCUUGGCUCACCAAGUCGAAGUGGACAAGAAUUUACGCCGCAUUCUGCACAAACGUUCCCUAUUACAGGGAAUGGACUUUGUUUUCGGGAACGAACCCACAUCGAGGUACUCGUUCACUGCGUUUGAGAACAACAAGUCGAUCAUAGAUCACUUGGAACAGAAAGUGGCACAGCUUUACUUGGACUCGGAAACCGUGUUUCAAAGCGGACCACCGCCUUCUAUCAGCUGCAGUAUGCAGAUGAAAUACAUCGAAGCUUUCGGCAUGACAGCGGAGGCCCUGUCAACGACACCCGUACCGUGUUCGAUGGAGGUGGCCGCUGAUAUUUGCUGGAAGGACUUGAGUAUUCCUCGUCCUUGUCCGGAGAAAUGGGCACGUUGUAUGAAAAGCAGGCAACCGCAUUCGCACGAGAAGAAUUGGAUCCUCGCGCUGCAGUGCCAGUCGUACGUGAAACAAGUCAAGGGCGUUCAGUUCCUGCGAAAGUACAUUGAACCGAAUCGUAUCGUGAUUAUCAAGGCGGACAUGAUGACGCUCAAUAACGAAGGACUGCAGUUUCGUGACCAGACGUGGACUAUCAUCUCUCGUGCUCAGACUAAACCGAACGCUGCUGUGGUGCGAGUGUGUGAGCAAAUGUUCUUGGACCGAGAAGCCAGUGAAAUAGCAACCUCACGUCCGGAAGAUAUUGACUAUGCGCAGAAUGUAGUGCUUAAGAAUUUGAACUGGAAGCUGAGGGAGCACACCACACACCUACAGGACCAGCUGAUUGAGGAGACGCAAAACUUUGGGAUGGUACCGGCAGCGUAG